CUGUGUGUUCAUGUCAACGAAACGACAACAAAGCGUUGUAAUCAUAUAGGCUAAACACUGAGCUCUACAAACCUCUUUAAGAAUGAGAGGUGAUGUCGCUCCGCUGCCACGAGCCCGUGUACGUGCGUAAAAGCGCAACGGAAGAAGCGGAUCAGACUUGAGACGGCAGGUUUGUGUCGGACUGGUGUGGCUGUUAUAGUUGAGAUGUUUUUUACGCACAGAGUGGAUCUCUCUCUCUCUUUCUCUCUCUCCCGAAUCUCGCUUUUUGGAUGACGUGCAGUGGUUUUGUUGCGCACAAAUCCACCGGAGGAGUCGAUAUCCAGAGUGGCCAUGGCUAUUAACCAUGAAGCUGGAGCCUAACAUGCCCAUCGCUUCCUCCUUCUGUCAAAAAAAGCUUCUCUGGUGCUACAUUGAACAUACACUCUUUGAAUAUGCCAUCCAAGUGCGAGAGAGCCCAACGGACUGCUUAACACCUGCUGUUCCAUCUGAGUAGGAGGUGGCAACAAAAGACCAAAUGCCAUGGAUGCAUUCAAUUUCACCUACUGGAAUGCCUCCGAAGGCAAUGACACAGAAGUCAAGGAACAGAGUGAGAGCCCCUACAAGACAGUGGAGGUGGUGUUCAUCGUGUUGGUGGCCGGUUCCCUCAGUUUGGUUACAGUUAUCGGAAACAUCCUGGUCAUGCUUUCCAUCAAGGUUAAUAGGAACUUACAGACUGUCAACAACUAUUUUUUAUUCAGCCUUGCAUGUGCUGACCUGAUUAUCGGACUGUGCUCCAUGAACUUGUACACGGUCUACAUAGUGAUAGGCUACUGGCCCCUGGGGCCGGUGGUGUGCGAUCUGUGGUUAGCCUUGGACUAUGUUGUCAGCAAUGCAUCUGUCAUGAAUCUACUCAUCAUAAGCUUUGACAGAUAUUUCUGUGUCACCAAGCCCCUCAGCUACCCUGUCAAAAGAACCACCAAGAUGGCAGGGAUGAUGAUCGCUGCAGCCUGGGUUCUGUCUUUUAUCCUCUGGGCACCCGCCAUUCUCUUCUGGCAGUUCAUUGUUGGUGGGCGGACAGUGCCUGAGAAGGAGUGCUACAUCCAGUUCUUCUCUAACGCUGCCGUCACUUUCGGCACCGCCAUUGCCGCCUUUUACCUGCCCGUCAUCAUCAUGAUCCAGCUCUACUGGCAGAUCUCCAGAGCAAGCAAGAGCCGUGUGAAGAAGGAUAACCGUAAGCCAUCAGCGGCCAUCCCAGAGCCGCUGUCACCUGGCCAGAGGAGGAACAACACGCCAAAACCCAACAACAACAAUGUCCCAGGUGAGGACGCAGGGGGUUCCCAGAACCAGAAUGCUGACGACGGGGCCAACCAGCAUGAUGGGAAACUGCAAAACGGUAAAGGACCCUCCUCAAACACCGCUGACGGAGAAACCGAAGGUGACGACGGGGCGAGGGAGAACUGCGCUCCAGGAGAAGAGAAGGAGAGCUCCAAUGACUCGACAUCCGGCAGCGUGGCCGCGUCCAACCAGAAGGACGAGGAGGCGGUGCCGUCCACUGCCAACUCCAGCGUCGAGACCAGUCAGCCGCCCACGCGUCAGCGAGCCAAGGCGGGGGGCUCCAAGCUGACCUGCAUCAAGAUCAAGACGAAAUCACCCAAGGGUGACUGCUACACACCGUCCAACGCCACCGUUGAGAUCGUCCCGGCCUCGGAGCGGCAGAAUCACGUGGCGCGGAAGAUCGUGAAGAUGACCAAGCAACCUCCCAACAAGAAGAAGAAAGCGGCACCGUCGCGGGAGAAAAAAGUGACCCGCACCAUCAUGGCCAUCCUGGUGGCUUUUGUAGCCACCUGGACUCCUUAUAAUGUGAUGGUGCUUAUUAACACCUUCUGCUCCAGCUGCAUCCCCAACACAGUGUGGACUAUUGGUUACUGGCUGUGCUACAUCAACAGCACCAUCAACCCGGCCUGCUACGCUCUGUGCAAUGUCACAUUUAAAAAGACAUUCAAACAUCUUCUCCUCUGCCAAUAUAAAAAUAUUAGGUCGGCCAGAUAAAUAAGAGCCAGAGCUGAAGUAUGAGUUGCCUGUGUGUGUGAGUGUGUGUGUGUGUGUGUGUGUGUGUGUGUGCGUGCUUGUGCGUGUGCACCAUCCAUAUAUAUAUAUACACGUGUGUGUGUGUCUGAGAAAGAGGUUUGUGAGCAUGAUGAAGACCGCAAGAGUGUAUAUUACUGUCCAUCAUUUUAUCAUUACUUUUCCAAUUUCUCUCUCAAUAACCGGUUGUAGCACUCUACACAAAUUCAACUGAUGCCAGUUGCGUUGAGCUGUGUCGUGCAGAAGCAGCGUAGAUGAGGAAGGAAAAAUUCAGCUAAAAAGCUAAAAAAAUAAAAGGGGAAAAAGUGUAAAGCAGACAGCGCUUGGAGGUCGCACUGAGCUGAUAAAAACAAAUAAAAAAUAAAAAAUGAAAACACGAUAAAGAGUGGAGGAAGAUCUACGCUGUUCAAGAAAACUUCAAAAUGGGAAAAUAGGGCUGACUGAAUUUACAAACCUCACAAGUUUGAAGUUCAGUGAAGAUACCUGUAGAUAACUGUACAUAUCAGUGUAUAUCUGUGUGUGUGUGUGUGUGUGUGUGUGUGUGUGUGUGUGUGUGUGCCCGCCCCUCUGCCUGCCUUCUCUCUCUCUCUCUCUCUCUGUCUCUCUCUCUCUGUCUGUCUCUCUCUCUCUCUCUCUCUCUCUCUCUCUCUCUCUCUCUCUCUCUCUCUCUCUCUCUCUCUCUCUCUCUCUCUCUCUCUCUCUCUCUCUCUCU